CACCUCCAACUCCACAACAUAUCGAAACCCAUACAGUACACAGUAUCAGGCCAAGUUAAUCUCUCACGACCUAUAACUCACGAUCUAUAACGAAACCAAUUCAACAGUAUACAACAAACGAUUUCUUCUUAUAUUUAUCAAAAACCUACUCUGCACCAUAAGACGUACUAUAUCACAGCCAAAUUUCGUUUUUAAAUUCAUCUAUCACAAAUAUAUUCGGGAUUUUAGAGCCUCGCUACGUAGCUGCUACAACCUGUACAAUCUACUUGAUUCAUAUUAUACUCCUUCAUGGUCCCAGAUUAUUCGACAUGGGAAUCAACACCAAUCACAGCACUUUAACAAGCCCCAUAACACCUACAAUCGCCAUGGGAUCCAAUACCAGUUGCAGCAAUUCAACGAACUCCAGGAAACCCACAAUCGUUAUGAAAUCCAAAACCAAUCAGGACGAUUCAACAAACCUUAGAACACCUAUAAUCGCUGUAGGAUCCAACACCAAUAGCGGCAGCUCAACGAGACCCAGAACACCUCCAAUCGCCAUGGGAUCCAACAGCAACCCCUAUCUCGCGGUGCCCAGACCAAUGAGCCCAGACCGAACUAUCAGUGAAGAACAUUUAAAUUAUUUUCGCCUACCAGGCGCCUUCUGUAGUUGCCAACAGAAUUCCGUUGUAUGCCACCACCGCACUGCCAUUUACACGACAGCAACCAUUAGAGAAUUGAGUGGUGGUGAUGAGGCAGGUUCUAGAUACGUACCACAUAGCAUUGUGCUGAAUAAUCCACCACCGCAACCCGAAACAUAUACGACUCAUCUCGCCAUUCUGCGCAACCCAAAACAUCAGGAGUGGAAAUCACAACCCCACAAGUACCUUUCGCCGGCACUUUCUAACAUCUCACCACAUUAUGUCAAGCGAUUCGUGGAAACCUCAGCUCGAGCGUAUUUGAAACAGGGGAUCUACCCUGGACGUCCAGAAUUCACCUUGUCAUCGGUCCAGUACUGCGAGUUGGCUGAAAUAAAGGAUAAAAUCGCAGAAUUUAAGACAAUUAAAGCACGCAGGCUAGAGAAAGAACUAGAGAGAGAAAAGCGCAAGCAAGAGGAAGGGAUGAUAAGACGGAGUAUAUUCGAAUAGACGUGGACGAUAGAGAUCAACGGAAGAAUAAAUUAAGUAUUAGAAGGGAAAAUGGAAGUAAGAAAUAGAAUCGAGGAGCGAGGGAGGGAGGAACGCAGUAGACGCACCUUCUUCAUCAACACUAAGGACGUAUUCACCAAUCACCAAUCACACCAUCUCCUUCCAUUUUUCUCUUUCACAAUUUGUAUAUACAAUUUCUUGAUUUAGGAUAUGUGGGGUUUUUCUUAUUU